UUUUAUAUAUUCUUUUUUACUUGUAAAUUUCGGUUAACUGAACCGAAGCGGAGGUUAAAACCUAAAUCAAAAGUCUUUCGGAUUAAAAUAUAUACCCCGUGAUAUGCAUUUUCAAAAUUUAACGAAUGGAAUAGAAAUUUACCAGAAAAUCCGGUUCGGUUAACCAAAAGAUUAGAGCCUCGACCUAGAGCCGAAAGUCCUAGUGUAUCGGAUUUGAGCAUGUAUUUCUUAUUAUGAUUGUUUUUUAAAAAUUUUGUCUUGAAAAUUAAACAUUUUUAUUAAAAUUAAUUUUUAUUAUUAAUUGAAAUUUUAUUCUAUAUUUUUAAAUGAAAAUUUAAUAAUUUUUUUACAAUUUUUUUAAAAGCUGCUUUAAAACUUAAAAUUCUCCAAAAUGACUGAAAAUUUUAAAAAUUGCAAUGACAAUUUGUCUACAUCAUCAUAUUCUUGUUGUUCUUGUUGUUCAUCGUACAAUUCUGAUUUUCAACAAAUACUAAAAUUGUUGGAGGAACAAAAAAACGACAAAUUGGAUUUUCAAUUUUUAUUUGAUAAAUUGGAAGUGUUAACUGUUAAAGAAGAAAUAGGCCAACAAGAAAUAAUCAAAGAAUUACAAGAAUUGAAUGAAAAAACGAGUGGAAAUCAAAAAAUUCUGGAACACGUAAAAAAAAUUACUUUUCAAGAAGUUGAAAACAAAAAAUUAAAUUGUGAAGUGGAACAACAAAAAAUAUUUAUAAAAAAAUUGGAAGAAGACAAAUUAACAAAGGAUCAAGUAAUUAAAACUAUGACAGAAAAUGCUGAAGAUAAUAUUAGAGAAAAAAAUUUAACUUUACUUGAAUUGGUUAAAAAAGAAGAGGAAAUGGAUAAAAUUAGAGAAGAAGGAGAUGAAUAUUUUAAUAAAUUAAGUGUGUCAAAUGAUAAAUUGGAAGAAUCUUCAAAAAAAAUUAAUAUACUUGAAGAAGAAAAUAAAAAAUUAAAUAAAAAUAUGUCUCAACUUAAAAAAGACAUUUUUCAAAAUAAGAAGAAUUAUGAACAAGAAAUUCAAAAAUUUACAAAUAUGGCGGACAAAUUAUCAAAAAUAAAUUUAAAUUUAAAAGAAGAUAAAGAUGAAGUAAAUAAAAAAAACAAAGAUCUUUUGGAAAAAAAUGAACAAUUACAAUCUCAACUUAAAAAUUGUUAUAAAUUGAUUCAAGAAAAAAACAAAAAAAUUUGUUCAUUUGAAAUGCAAGCUAAAAAGGUAUUAAAAACAUUUAUAAAGAUCCCCCUCUCCCAACUGUUAGAUAUUGCAUUUCCUUGGACAAUAGGCAAUUAUUGUUUCAAUCACAUGCCAGGGGGGGGGGGUAACUAA